CUUGGAACCCUUAGCUGUUAUCCAUGUGGGGAUAGUCUUCGGUGGCCAUUCAGAUGACUCGCCCAUGUGGGAACUGUUUGGAGUUGAUAGGGUGAAUCUGGGGAUUUCAAACUUCAUCCUCUUCCCUGGCUCGCCGCUGUUCCUCUGCUGGACUUCUUGCUCGUUUCCAACAUAGGUAGUGAUGGUCACUCCGCAAUAAGCCAUGUCGUAACGCCCUGCUGUCAUUCGCGUGGAGUACCGCCCAUAAGCAGGGCAGUGUAGGACUGCAGAUGUUGGGGGUGGGGAAAAAAGAUAAAAGCCGCCUCGCCCAUAGUCUGACGUCCCUGACUGUUGUUUCUCUUUCCUUCCCCACCCAGAGCUCCAUCAUCGCGUGCUUGUACCAAGAUGGAUGGCAUUGCGCAGUCUUCUAGUAGCAGCAAAGAUGCUAGGCAGCCGAGCGUGGCUCAUAGCGAGGAGCCAAAGGGCCAUGGUGUCUUCGAUAUUGAAGCCCGAGAUCGCAACAAGCUGAAUGCGAUCUUUGAAAACCCGCUCCGCGGUGUCCCGCGUGAUCAACUCUUCAUGGAGGUCGAUAAAUUCUGCAAGGAGUAUGGCCUAGAGGAGUAUAAUGAUCUGUUUCGGAAAGGCGCCCUCAUCUCUCAGGAUCCGUCACGAGUGGAGACAAUGCCCGACCUGAGUGAGGAUGACAGAGAAGCUUUGCGGCGCGAAAAAACCCAUAAAUGGUCACAGCCCUGGAUGCUUUAUUUCAUGGCGACCAUGUGCUCUAUGGCCGCUGCUGUGCAGGGAAUGGACGAGACUGCUAACAACGGGGCUGUUGUUAUUUACCCCAAGCUCCUUGGUAUAGAGGCCGAUCGCUUCUCCCCCCAGAUGCAAGAUAAUAUCACUGGCCUUGUUGUCGGUGCCCCGUAUCUAGCCUGCGCGAUCCUAGGUUGCUGGCUCACUGAACCACUAAACAGGCUUUUCGCCCGACGCGGCACUAUUUUCAUAUCAUGUGUUAUUGCUGCCGUGGCUUCGGUCUGGGAAGGUGUGGCCAACUCUUGGGUCAAUCUCUUCAUCGCCCGCUUUGUUCUCGGUCUCGGUAUCGGCUCCAAGUCCUCGACUGUUCCUGUCUACGCCGCCGAAUGCGCGCCGGCUCCAAUUCGUGGCGCCCUGGUCAUGCAGUGGCAGAUGUGGACGGCAUUCGGUAUCAUGUUAGGUAACAUCAUGGGCGUUGCGUUCAUGGGCGUUGAAGAAGACCUAAGUUGGCGCCUCAUGCUCGGCAGCACGGUUGUCCUUCCUCUCAUCGUAUGCGCACAAGUUUAUUUCUGUCCGGAGUCCCCUCGCUGGCUCAUCGAACACCGCAAGAUUCCGAGCGCGUUCAAGUCCUUUCGCUCCCUGCGCAACACAGACCUACAGGCCGCCCGAGAUCUCUACUACGCCUAUGUCGGGGUUGAGCUCGAGCGGGAGGUUAACAAGGGCAAGAACUUUUUCUCAAUGUUUAAAGAACUCUUCACUAUCCCCCGCAAUCGUCGUGCAACCCUCGCUAGCUGGAUCGUCAUGUUUCUUCAACAAUUCUGUGGAGUCAAUGUGAUCGCCUACUACUCAACCACGAUCUUUGCGGACUCCGGAUAUAGUAUCCAAGAGGCACUUCUCGCGUCGAUGGGAACCGGUAUUCUGAACUGGGUCUUUGCAAUCCCGGCUUUCUUGACCAUUGACACAUGGGGGCGACGUAAUCUCCUCCUAUUCACGUUCCCCUGGCUUGCUGUAUGUCUCUUAUGGGCUGGAUUUUCCUUUUGGAUUGAAGCAGACAACCCGACAAGCAAAGCGCGAGUCGCAAUGGUCACCACGGGAAUGUACCUGUUUGAAGUGUUCUACUCGCCCGGAGAGGGCCCGGUGCCGUUCACGUACUCGGCCGAGGCAUUCCCACUACAUGUACGAGAGGUCGGCAUGUCAUGGGCAACCGCGACUACAUGGUGCUUCAAUUUCAUUCUGUCGUUUACCUGGCCGAUGUUGCUGCGAGCAUUCAAGCCGCAGGGAGCCUUUGGUUGGUAUGCAGCAUGGUGUUUGAUUGGUUGGGUCUUGGUACUGUUAUUUGUGCCGGAAACGAAAGAACUCACCCUCGAGGAACUUGACCGUGUUUUCUCCGUCUCAACGCGCCACCAUGCGAGGUAUCAGAUUAAGAACGCUAUAUGGCACUUCCGGACCUGGAUCCUGCGGCAGAAGCUGGAGCCGCUGCCGAAGCUGUAUGAGCUAGACGAAGUGAACCCUGAGAGAACGGAGUCAAUGGAGCCAGCACAAUCCUCUGAACAUACGGAGCAGACAACGGAGAAGAGGGCGAAUGGUUCAUGGCCGGCGGAGUAGGAAUUUGUGAUUCUAGGUAGUCGGGAGGCUGUUGUAAUGUGGUAGGACAGGCUGUGAGGCGAAGGACUUGUGUAUUUAUUUCUGUGGUGGUGUAUACUUUGCUUCUAUAUAUUAUUGAGAAUGUUCUAUGCUGGAUAGGAUUGU